UAAAAUAUUUAUUUAACUACAACUUUACACAAUAUUGUCCAUUCUUCUAUCCAUUUUAUUUGGAGUCCAUUAUUGGUGUUUUUAAGUGUGACGUUUUUAUUUUUGUUGUUAAGUGAUUAUUGAAAAAUUAAUUUAUUGUUUAUUUUAAUAAUAAAAAGCAACAAUUUGUUGUCUUAUAUAAUAAGAUAAUAAAAGACAUAGUGCACAAUGCGAGCAUCACUUGUGUUUUUGGCCGUUUGUGCCAUAGCUUAUUCAGUUGCAAAUCCAGCAAUAAAUGAAAUCCGGCCGGUGUCAAAUCGACCUGGACGAUUUUUAUCAUUACCAGUACCACAAAAAUGCGCAAAUCGACCAAAGGAAUUCUUUUAUAAUGGUCACAAUUAUUUCUAUAGUGGACAUGUACCUGCAUUAGCUAACAGACGUGUUGAUUGGUUAGAUGGACGUAAUAUUUGCCGUGAAUACUGUAUGGAUUUAGUAUCAUUAGAAACACAAGAAGAAAAUAAUAUGAUAUUUAAAUUAAUCCAACAAAAUGAUGUACCAUACAUUUGGACGUCAGGACGUUUAUGUGAUUUCAAAGGAUGCGAAGGACGUCCAGAUUUAGAACCCAAAAACUUAUUCGGAUGGUUCUGGUCAGCAAACAGAGAAAAGAUGGCACCAACAAAUCAAAUUCCAAAUGGUUGGGGAUACAAUCCAUGGAGUCAAACUGGUCACAAGAAAACUCGUCAACCAGACAAUGCUGAAUUUGAUAUCAAUGGUACAAAUGAAUCAUGCUUAAGUAUUUUAAAUAAUGUUUACAAUGAUGGUAUUGCAUGGCACGAUGUUGCUUGUUAUCACGAAAAACCUGUUGUAUGUGAAGAUAGUGAAGAAUUAUUAAAUUAUGUUGCUGCCACAAAUCGUGGAAUUCGAUUAUAAGAAAAAAAAAUUAUUUUUUGAAUAAAAAAUAUUUAUAAAAAUUAAAAAAAAAAAAUACAAUAGUUAGUAGAACAACUCAAUUUAGGUGCUACAAAUUUUUUUUCCCAAUUUCAAAUGGUCAGUACAAUUCUACUUAAUUAAGCCCGUUCUACAAAAAAGUAGUAGGUAUGUCAAAUGUGAUAUAAUUCCAAAUAAAAGAAUCUUAGAUCAAAAUUGAUAAAUUGACAUUUAAAGAUUUCCUUUUCAAAUGUCAAAUGUCUACAAUAUAAAAUGGGCGAUUUAUUAUUAUAGAACAGGCCUUAUAGGGUGUCAUUCGUUUCUUCACCCUUUUUUAUUUAGAGUCACAACAAUUUUUAUUUUAUUUUUUUGAG